AUGGCCGGGAAGCCCAGGCUUCACUAUAUGAAUGCGCGACUUCGAAUGGAGCCCGUCAGGUGGCUCCUGGCUGCAGCUGGAGUCGAGUUUGAAGAGCAAAUUUUGGAAAAUCGAGAGGACAUGGAAAAAUUGAUAAAUGAUGGGUCUUUGAUGUUCCAGCAAGUGCCCAUGGUGGAAAUUGAUGGGAUGAAGCUGGCACAGACCAGAGCCAUUCUCAACUACAUUGCUGACAAAUACAAUCUCUAUGGGAAAGACAUAAAGGAGAGAGCCCUGAUUGAUAUGUAUUCAGAAGGUAUUGCAGAUUUGUAUGAAAUGAUAAUGCGUUUACAACUAUUCCCACUUGGUGAACAAGAUGCCAAGAUGACCCAGUUCAGAGAAAGAACAACAAAUCGUUAUUUCCCAGCCUUUGAAAAGGUGUUGAAGAGCCAUGGACAACACUACUUGGUUGGCAACAGGCUGAGCAAAGCUGACAUUCACCUGGUUGAACUUCUCUACAAUGUUGAAGAAAUUGACCCCAGUCUUCUGACCAACUUCCCGCUGCUGAAGGCUCUGAAAACCAGGAUCAGCAACCUUCCACCUGUGAAGAAGUUUCUGCAGCCCGGCAGUCAGAGGAAGCCUCCCAUAGAUGCAAAAGCAGUGAAAGCAGCCAAGGAGAUUUUCAGGAUUUAA